AUGUUAAUGGCCUUACUGAAGUCCAGCCGGAUGACAUCAGUGGCUCUUCCCCUGCCCACUGACUCAGUUAUGCCACCACAGAAGGCCUCUAGGUCGGUCACGCAGGACCUGCCCUUGGCGAAUCCUUUCUGCAGGACGCAAGAGUUUGAGUUCAGCAUGGCUAUGGCAAACCUCAUCUUGGAGCUGGUGCGCGUGAUGGGCUGGGACCACAGCCACAAGCCGGAGCCGCUGUCCCAGCAGGAGACGAAGCCUCGCACCACCCGCUCCAUCUUCCAGCGCCAGCCCAUAUCCUCCAGCGCUGCUCCAGCAGCCCCUGCUCCUCCGCCGAAUGAGCCCAGCACCUUCAAGACACGCUCGGCCUUCCCGAGCCGCAGCAGCUAUGUGGAGUACGUGCAGGCCAACCUGGUGCAAGGCAUGCGGGUGCGCAUGCUGGAGGACUACGAACAGGUCAGCGCAGGAGACGAGGGGGAAUUUCGCCAGAGCAAUGAUGGCACGCCGCCUGUGCAGGUGUACUGGUACUCCUCGGCCUGCACGUACUGGGUUCACUGGCACAUGGUGGAGAUCAUCGGCUCUUCUGGGCAGGAGGAGCAUGAGGGCCGAGAGAGGGUGUCCACUCUGAGAUACAGCCACAAGCUGGCAGCAGCCGCGCAGCCACUUUUCUCCAAGCCCCCGGGGGGGCUGUACUCGCUGCCUUACCUGGGGGAGCAGCCGAGCAGAGCUGCAGCGACCCUGAGCCGCGCUGAGUGGGGCCCAGGGCACGGCCGCCUCGUGUCCCAGCCUGAGCCGCCCCAUCUGUUAUGCAGGAUCCUGAACGCGUUCCUGGACGGUUACCGGGAGGACGCGCUGCCCUGGCACGAGUGCGUGGAGCCGUGCCUGUCCUUCCUGAGCGCCCAUGGCGGCGACCGUGAGGCAGUGCUGGAGGCGGUGGGCUUCCUGCACCGCCUGGCCACCGCCAGCAAGGACUGCGCCGUGGGGAUGUGCCGUGCGGGCGCCCGCGAGGCUGUGGCCAAAGCCCUGGACAAGCACGGCCCGGCCCUGCCGCUGGCACCGGCCCUGCUAGAACUGGUGAGCGACUGUGAGAGGCACGCUGCGCUCUACAGGAAGCUGACGGGCAGCAUCUUGGCCGGCUGCAUCCAGGUGGUGCUGGGGCAGAUUGAGGAGCACCGCCGCAGCCAGCAGCCCAUCGGCGUCCCCUUCUUUGACGUCUUUCUGCGCAACCUGUGCCGAGGCUCCAGCGUGGAGGUGAAGGAGGACAAGUGCUGGGUGAAGGUGCAGGUCUCGUCCAACCCGCACCGCGCCAGCAAGCUGACGGACAGGAACCCCAAGACCUACUGGGAGUCGAACGGCAGCACCGGCUCCCACUACAUCACCGUCCACAUGCAGUGCGGGGUGGUGGUCAGGGAGAUGAGCAUGCUGGUGGCCAGCGAGGACUCGAGCUACAUGCCGGCCCGCGUGGUGGUGCUGGGGGGGGACAGCCCCGCCGAUGUCCGGACGGAGCUCAACGCAGUGACUGUCCUGCCCUCGGCCAGCAGGGUGGUGCUGCUGGAGAACAUGACGCGCUUCUGGCCCGUCAUCCAGAUCCGGGUGAAGCGGUGCCAGCAGGGCGGCAUCGACACGCGUGUGCGUGGCAUCGAGGUGCUGGGGCCCAAGCCCACCUUCUGGCCCAUCUUCAAGGAGCAGCUGUGCCGGCGGACGUUCCUCUUCUGUAGUGCUCGGGCGCACGCCUGGUGCCAGGAGAUCCGCCGGGAUCAGGGGCAGCUGCUGCAGCUCUUUGGCAAGCUGAGCCGGGCGCUGCAGCACGAGCAAGACUUUGCCGACCGCUUCCUUCCUGACGACGAGGCGGCCCGAGCCCUGGGCAAGAUGUGCUGGGAGGCCCUGGUGACCCCCGUGGUGCAGAGCAUCACCAGCCCAGCAGACCCCAGCGGCAUCAGCCCUCUGGCCUGGCUGCUGGGCGAGUACCUGGGGAGCGCGGAGCCACCCCGCGGUGACGCCUUCGGUUCCUGCGUGCGACGCCUGACCCAGCUCCUGGUGCACGUGGACCCAGGUGGCGCAGAGCCGGAGGAGGCGGGAGCGGCCGGUGGGAAGGAGGGCAGGAACAAGGAGACGGCAGCCCGGGUGGCAGUGGCAAUGAAGUCUGGUGGCCUGUGGGACAUGGUGCGGUGCUGGCGCGAUGUGGUGCAGCAGCAGGUGCAGCGGUUCCUGGAGGUGUCGGCGCAGGCACCGGACGUCGUGGAGCGGUACUGCGCGCUGUACCAGCGCCUGCGCGGCGCCACGGAGGAGCUCUUUGGGCAGCAGGCCGCCUUCGUGGGAGCCUUGGGCCAGGGCUUCGCUGGGGCUCUGCUGCAGCUCUCCUUCCUGACCGCCCUGCACGUGAGCGAGCAGUUCGCCCGCUACCUGGACAGGAAGGUGCAGGAGCUGCACGGGGCCGCGGGCAGCACGGGGCAGCUGCAGCAGAUCCUGGAGCCCUUCACUGUCUUUGGCGGCCUGGAGUUCGCCCACACCUUUGAGCACUUCUACCGGCUGUACCUGGGGGACCGGCUACUGGCACGGGGGCCCUCGUGGCUGGAAGGGGCCGUGGUGGAGCAGAUGGGGCUGUGCUUCCCCCGCCGCUUCCCCCAGGAGAUGCUGAGUGACCUGGCCGAGUCAGAGGAGCUCCGGCGGCACUUCCACCUCUUCCGGCUGCAGCAGCGGGACCGGCGGCUGCUGGAGCGGGGCCCAGGCCCGGAGAGCCCCAAGGCUGAGGUGCCAGGGGAGGCCCCCGCAGCAGAUGCGCUGGAGGUGGAGGUGCUGGUGCUGUCCCCGCGCUGCUGGCCCGUGUCCCCGCUGUGCUACGUGGAGGAGCCCCGGAGGUUCUUCUCGGCAGCGCUCAGCUCCCCGCUGGAUGAGUUCGCGGACUUCUGGCGGCACAGCCAGAGCCGGCCGGGCUGGGUGUGCACGAGGCCCCGGCGGCUGCAGUGGACGUGGCUGGGCCACGCUGAGCUGCGUUUUGGGGACUGCGUCCUCCACGUGUCCACACUGCAGAUGUACAUCCUGCUGCGCUUCAACAGCGCCGAGGAGGUGGCGGUGGAGGCCCUGCUGCAGGCGACGGGGCUCCCUGCCGAGCUGGUGCACCAGGCCCUGGCCCCACUGACCCACGGUGAUGGCAUCCUGGUGCAGAGCUGCAUGCAGGGGGCUCCAGGUGCCCUGCGGCUGAACCGGGCGGCCCUGGCCCAUGCUUCUGGCCGCCACCUGAGGCUGCUGCCCCGGCAGAGGUACCUGCGGGUAGAGAGGGCUGAGAGCAGCGCCCUGGAGAGGAAGAGGAAUGUCCUCUGCUGCCUCAUCACCCGCAUCCUCAAGGCAGAAAAGCAGCUGCACAUCGACAACCUGGUGUUUAAGGUGAUCGAUGCCUGUGAGAAGGGUGAGCUGGGACCAGGCCUGCAGUUCCUGAGCUUCUGCUGCCACAGCGUGGACGUGCUGUCCUGUGUCCUGCACCUGCUGAACCAGGGCUACCUCCGGCGCCAGGAAGAGAGGCCUCAUGUCCUGGAGUACGUCUCUGCUGAGCCCCCGCCAGCCCCAUCCCAGGCCCAGCCGCAGGUUGCUUUCCAGACUGUAGAGAUCAAGACAGCAGCAAACCCAGCCUCUGCUGAAAGGAGACAGACCUUCUCCACCUUUCGGUAGAGAAGAACUGAGCUCACAGGGCACAAACUGAGCCCAAACCAUCACCUCCUAAGGACCUGGGGCUUUAUUGGGAAUAAACAAGCCUGGCUGCA